CACCGAUUGAACUUACCUGUCGCGGGUGGGUGGAUUGGGGGGCUCGUGUAGCUCGGGUUCACCGUCCGGCUCCGCGGUCACUGUGGCGAAAGUGAGCUGCAGCUGUUAAACUCAUACGACCUGCUCUUCUGCUACGAGUAAAUGGCGAGUGGGCGUGGCCGUAGAACUCUGCGUUCGGAUUGGUCGGCUCGGUGUGCAGUCGUGAGAACGGGUCGUGUUGAUUUCAGAAGUCAUCAUGGCGCUCACUUCCCCAGUCAAAGAGCACCCGUAUGGUCACCUAAUCGACACACUGAACGAAGGCAGGAUCAGGUUCUUCAACCCACAGAAAUUAAAAGAUCCGAGAUAUGACGCGCUGCCUCUGUCCAUCCGUGUCUUACUGGAAGCAGCAAUUCGUAACUGUGAUGGCUUUUACACAAAAGAGGAAGACGUCCAGAACAUCCUGGACUGGCAGCAGCAGCAGAAUAAAGCCGAGGUGCCGUUUUCUCCAGCGCGAGUCCUUCUCCAGGACUUCACUGGUAUUCCUGCCAUGGUGGACCUGGCAGCCAUGAGGGACGCUGUGGCCAAACAUGGCGUGGAUCCCGGCCUGGUCAACCCUAAAUGCCCCACAGACCUCAUUGUAGAUCACUCAUUACAGAUUGAUUACAGCAAAUGUGCCAUACAGAAUGCUCCAAACCCAGGUGGAGGGGGCGGCCCAAGCCAGAGCCAGGGUCCUUCCCGAUCCACGCCCUCCAGGCCUCAGUCCAGAGGAGGGUCACAGUGUGGGGGCCAGCGGGGCUCCUGUAGUAAAGCCGCCUGCAGUGACCCUCAGGCUUCCCCGGGUGGAUCUCCAGCGUCUGUCCAGCAGAUUGAGAACACGCCUCUCCUCUGCCCAUUCCACCUGCAGCCUGUGUCUGAAACUGAAACAGCUCUGAAGAACCAGGAACUGGAACUGACCAGAAACAAAGAGAGGCUUCAGUUCUUCAAGUGGUGUUCAAAAGCUUUUAAGAACGUGAACGUGGUUCCUCCGGACUUUGGUGCAGUCCACCAGGUGAAUCUGGAGUAUCUGUCCAGAGUGAUCCAGGUCAGCGACGGUUUCAUCUACCCUGACAGUGUGGUGGGAACCGAUUCACACACCACCAUGAUCAACGGCUUGGGCAUCCUGGGCUGGGGUGUUGGAGGGAUCGAGUCAGAAGCCGUCAUGCUGGGCCAGCCGGUGUCUCUCACCCUUCCUCAGGUGGUGGGCUGUAAACUGGUGGGCUCCAUCAACCCCCUGACCACCUCCAUAGACGUCGUCCUCGGCAUCACAAAGCACUUGCGGCAGGCAGGGAUCUCUGGGAAGUUUGUAGAGUUUUUUGGACCUGGCGUCUCCCAGCUAUCUGCUCCCGACCGAACCACCAUCGCCAACAUGUGCCCGGAGUACAACGCUACUGUCAGCUUCUUCCCCAUCGACCGAGUCACACUCAAGCACUUUAAAAAGACAAAUUUCACCACGGAAAAACUUGAAUUGCUGGAGUCUUACAUGAAGGCUGUAAAACUUUUCCGAAGCUACGAAGACGCCUCUGAAGACCCGCAGUAUUCUGAGGUGAUUGAGAUCAACCUGAGCUCCAUGGUGCCGUAUGUGAGUGGACCAAAGAGGCCUCAGGACCGAGUGGCCGUCAGCAGCAUGAAAGAAGACUUUCAGAAGUGUCUUGAUGAGAAGGUUGGCUUCAAAGGCUUCCACAUCUGUAAGGAGAAGCAGGACAUCCAGGUUCCUUUCCUGCACUGCGGUCAGGAGUAUCAGCUGGUCCACGGCUCGGUGGUCAUCGCUGCUGUCAUCAGCUGCACCAACAACUGCAACCCAUCUGUCAUGCUGACUGCAGGUCUGCUGGCUAAGAAGGCUGUGGAGGCGGGGCUUGUUGUCAAACCGUAUAUCAGGACCAGCCUGGCUCCUGGAAGUGGCAUGGUCACUCACUACCUCAAUACCAGUGGAGUCCUGCCUUACUUUAGCCAGUUGGGGUUCGAGGUGAUUGGUUACGGCUGUGCCACAUGUGUAGGGAACACGGCUCCGUUACCUGAAGCAGUCGUGGAUGCAAUCAAACAGGGGGAUCUGGUGGCCUGCGGUAUUUUGUCUGGCAACAGGCACUUUGAAGGCCGCCUGUGUGACUGCGUGCGUGCCAACUACCUGGCCUCCCCUCCCCUGGUGGUGGCUUACGCUCUUGCAGGGACUGUGGGAAUCGACUUCGAGAAGGAGCCACUGGGUGUGACCUCAGAGGGGAAGGAGGUGUACCUCUGUGACAUCUGGCCGUCCAGGGAGGAGGUCCAACAGACUGAAGAGGACACCGUCAUCUCCUCCAUUUUUAAGGAUCUCAAGGGAAGGAUGGAGAAAGGGAACACGUUUUGGAACAACAUUGACUGUCCAGAUUCUGUGGUCUUCCCCUGGGAUCACAAGUCCACAUAUAUCCGCUCGCCGUCUUUCUUCAGCAAGUUGAGUAAAGAGGUUUCGCCUCCUCAGUCGAUAGAGAGCGCUCACGUUUUACUGUUCCUCGGCGACAAAGUGACCACGGACCACAUCUCGCCAGCCGGCAGCAUUGCCAGGGUCAGCGCCGCUGCCAAGUACCUGCUGAGCAAACGCCUGACACCGCGAGAGUUUAACUCAUAUGGCGCUCGCAGAGGGAACGACGCAGUGAUGACCAGAGGAACGUUCGCCAGCAUCAAGCUCCAAAAUCGAUUCAUCGGCAAAUCAGGCCCCAAAACUUUGCACAUUCCUUCAGGCCAGACGCUGGAUGUCUUUGAGGCAGCUGAACGUUAUCAGAGAGACGGCAUUCCCCUCAUCAUCCUGGCGGGGAAAGACUACGGUUCUGGAAACUCCAGGGACUGGGUAGCCAAAGGACCAUACCUGCUGGGGGUACGUGCCGUCAUCGCCGAGAGCUUUGAGAAGCUGCACAAGAACCAGCUGGUGGGAAUGGGCAUCAUGCCGCUCCAGUUCCUGCCAGACCAGAACGCAGACUCACUGGAACUCAGCGGGAAGGAGAGGUUCACCAUCACCCUGCCUGACAGCCUGAGUCCCAGGCAGCAGCUCACCGUCAAGACAAACCAAGGAAAAUCCUUCUUCGUCACCGCGCUGUUUGACACCGAGAUGGAUGUUAAAAUUUUCCAGCAAGGAGGGCACUUUAGAUACGUUGCUCGGACUUUUCUCUGAAACAGCCUUCAGCCCGGCCUCGCUCCUACUGAAUGCGCCCGAGGUCCAUGAACAGCAAGCCCCGAUCAUUUCAUCAUGAGUUCGUCUGGAGAGGGAACGAAAGACAGCCCGUUGGAGCAACGUGAGAGCUGAUGAUUCGCCUCAACAUCACGAGAUGUCACCUAACAGACCUGAGCCUGAACUGCUUCUCCCUCACAUGGCACGCGGCUGUUUGUGCGUGUGCAACAGCAGCAUUUCCCCUCACAAGACAGACAAAAUAAAGGCAGGAAAAAGAGGAGUCAUUCGCUCAACGAGGAGGCUGUACCCCAAACCGCAACGACGACCUUUGAGCGUCUUUUUUCGUGCGUUUUAUUGACGGAGACCGAAUUUGCAGAGCACUUUCCUUCAUCAGGGACUUGAGCCAAAAAGCAGUGAAUCCUGUUCUUCUUUAACUAAUAAAAAACAAACAAAACAAUCCUGCCUAGAAAGGUUGACAUGGUGCUCAGUACUACAGCGUCAAUACAGUGUCUUUUUUUAGGGUGCAGUAAAGCCAGUUUAUCCCAACAUCCAAGUAAAUUGUCUGACUCGAGGAACUGCAGAAAUGUGCAGUUGAUUUCAGUUGCUCGCUUUUCUUAUUGCGGCCAAACAAUCUCAUGUCUGUUCAUAUUUCUUUAAUCAAAUUUGCCUUUUGCAAACAGUACAGUUGCCACCUGAUAAACUCAGUUUCUACUCUGUGGGAAAUGUGAAAUCCGCCUUUUAGCUGUCGCUUGUGUCGUCACUAAGCUCGCUGCAUAAAGAUGUCACCUUCUGCGACUGCUGCGGCAGGCAGGCAGGCGGUCAGUCAGUCAGACAGGCAGUCAGUCAGUCAGACAGUCAGUCAGACAGGCAGUCAGUCAGGCAGUCAUGCCUCAAAGCAGCAGCAGCUUCUAAGUCUGAUGAAUUUUGUGUUUGCACACACACAGUAUGACAGCGUAUUAUCAAGUUAAAAAGUUUAGUCACAUGGUGCUGACAUGAAAAGUAGUUCUUGUUGCUGUCGCUGUACGCUUGUCAUUUUGAUUUAGCUUUAUUUUUAUGUAUGAUUGAAAACAGCAGACUUGUCUUGUCUCCAGUGUCCAAUUAAGUCCCUCUCGGCAGUCUGAGUCCUCGACCCUCCUGCAGACCCUCAACAUUACAACGAGCAGAAAUGUUUAUUUAAAGGGGACCUCCGCGGAUUUUUCGCACACCAAAAUCUGUCCGCAGCUCUUGAGGAGUCGUAAAAAAGCGUUUUGUGGCUCCGGAGCCGCGUGAAAUCCUCAGCCUCAGCGUGACGUCCUCUGAGUCAGUCGGCUGUCUGGAAACUACAAGUUUGAAAGGGAAAGAAAAAUCUCAGGGGGUGUUGAGACUGAAAGAAGUGAGUCUGUUGGUCCCUGUAGCCCGCUCUGCUUGAGCCCUGACGUCGUGGGCCCUUGAGUGGCAUUAUGGGUAAUAUGCCAAAUGGGUGCUGCAGUGAGACGAGUGAGUUUGGCGAAACUCGCACGUCAUGUGUUCCACCUCCACACGCGGGUUUGUUGCCGCUGCUGGUGUGAUCCCCCUUACGAGAUGGUCUCUGGUUUUGCUUGUCCCAGAGUGGACGCUGAUCCAUGACUUCAAACCGAUGCUGCCCAGGGCCACAAAUGGCCCCCUUUCCUGCUUUCGGCUCUCCCUCAUUUCCAGGGCCCUCGCUCAGACUCCUCCCACCUUCAGUCUUCAUUUUGACAGCAGCUGCACCCUUGUGAAGUUUAGUGACUGUGUGUCCAUGGACAUAAAGACAUAAAGACUCCUGGCAAAGUACUCAGACCUGCUUCUGUGGUAGUUCCCGUUACAGUAAGUGUCUCCAGGAAGACAUAAGUAACAGUAAAAUCUUAAUUUAGCCAUCAUGAGCUGCUGGUCAUAUCUGAACAAGGAAGGCCUCAAAAGCAGCAAAACUUCUGAGUGACUUCACCUGAGAACGGUGCGUUUUGUCUGAUUAGAUGAAAAGAAAAUCACUUGUAAGAGGAGGAAUGUGCUGAUGGACGGGCCUCAACAUUGAUCUGAUGCUCUGUGAGAAGAGACUGUGAGACUGAUUAUUCACAUGAUCACUUUUAACCGCUGGAGCAGAUCCUGUUUUGGCACAAUGUGGCGAUGAAAGCUGCAUGGAGGUGACAGGUGUACGCCGGUGGAUCAGUUCACUCGAGGAGAUUCUCAGAUCCAUCCUACUGAGAAAGUGACUGAUUGUCAUCAUUCACCAGCUCAUACUGCAGUCUGGACUGACUGAAGUGGAUUGUGAGUGAUGGGACAGCAGCCCUGCGUACAACACAAGUGUUCUUUAGCUUGUAUUUCAUCACGACUGAAGUGCACUGGGGCACAGGACUCAGUCUUUGUGUGUCAGCUCUGUAUGAUUUAAUAUUUGUGCGCGAUCAGACCAUUUUGUUAAGACGAUGGCACUCACUGAAAUCAUCCAUCCAGUGUAACAACAUGUCACAGGCUGGCCUCUUUAUGCAUAUGUGUUAUUAUUUAGAGAGCAUGAACAGAAGUUAUUUAUUGUUACCUACACUGCUCUGUAAUACGUUGAAAACCAUUAACUGCCUGGAACUGUUGCAAAAAAGAUGUUUUGUUUUGUUUUGUUCAUUUUAAGGGUGAGUAGAGACUGUGCUUUGCCUUGUCCCAACUGCCAAAAGGAGCUCAAGGAGCCGUCGUGUGAAGACUUGAUGUGUGGGUGCCUCGUGUGUGAAGAUCUCCCAUAGUUUCAGUUACAGGACGUGUAGGUCCUCAGCCGGCCUCAGUCCGUCUUUCAGAGCUUGCCUUCAUAGCUUGAGCAGGUUGUUGUAGUUUGUUCAGUGAUGUCUGGAUUGAACCGCAUUGUGAAUUGAAGCGGCAGCGUGAACGCGUCGCAGGUAGCCGCCGCCGCUUCCGCCGCUGCUGCGGUGAAGCGAAGUAUUCAAACAAGGUGCGUGGCCGCACGCGUGAAAAGGUGUCUGUAAUCAUACUGUACAUAGUUUUUAAUAAAUGGUAAAGCAGAG